CUGCAUUUCCGAUGAAAUGCACCUUGGAGGCGAAGACGAUGACAGGCGCGAUAUCAUUCCACCUACACUAGCCUCAUGGGAAUGGCUUGAUUUGGUCGCAAGAGCAAAGUGUGCAGGGCAAGAUGACAGGGCCCCAGGUGGCGACCGUUGGUGAGGGCACAAGGUGGACAGGGGCUCACAUGGCUUGUCUGAUCAUGACAGAGGUCGACCAGGUGAUUGCGAUGAUGAGGCAGGACGCACAGUGGGCUGAUGUUCCAAGGAACCUGGACGAGGCUGUUUGUGGAGGCCCUUUUCUACAGGAAUUCAAAGAUCUAAGUAGGGACAUAUUCGCAUGGAAACAUUGGGCGACAGUGAAGCCCAUGGACUAUCUGGCCCCUUUCCUUGGGCUGAUUCGCUCCAAGGAGACAAGCGCCCCUGUCACAGGAGUAGCACUCCUGGCAGUCUACAAGAUAGUGACAUUUGAGAUGUUCCACAAGGAGUCGGUCGACGCGGCUGAGGCAAUGCAUCUGAUCGUGGAUGCGGUGACGGGCUGCGAAUUCAGAGCGAGUGACCCAGCAUCUGAGGAAUUUGUCCUUUUGCAGAUCGGACAGGUCCUGUUGGCGUGCCUCAGGUGCGGGGCGGGCCCGCUGCUGAGGAACGCUGACGUGAUCAACAUCAUCAACACGUGCCUGCAUGUGGCCUUCGCCAAAGGCAAGCUGCUGCAGCGCAUGAUAUGCCAGACGAUGCAGGAUAUUGUCCGUGCCAUCUUCGGCAGGCUUCACGAAUUCGGGCCCGCAGAGGAUGGCCUCCCUAGAGUAGAUGCCACGGAUCUCGACACAGAUGUAACCUCCUCGGGGGAGGCUACGGCUUCGGCGCCUGCCAAGAGCUCUGCUAGAUCUGACGGGAAUGAAAGAACCGCAAACAGGACGGACGCAGGAAUCCCUGUCCGGUCUCUGUCCAAGUCUUCAGACGGUCCAGCGGGAGCGUCCGAAACGGCCGAUUCGAGCCGACUUGGUGCCGGGCCAGAAAGAGUGCCGGCGUCUGCGGAGAUUGGCAAUGGUCCGCAGGAGCUGUCACAAACGAGUCCAUACGGCCUGCCGUGUCUGGUGGAAGUACUUCGGCUCCUGUGUUCGCUAAUUGUGCCCGACAGAAAGUCCUCGCAGCACGAGGACCGAACUCAGUUUGGCCUGGCGCUGCUGAGCGCUGCCAUCGAGGUCGCGGGGGGCUCCUGCGAGAGGCACCCGCGCAUUCUGGCCCUGGUCACGGACGACCUGUUCCGGAACCUAAUGCAGGCGGGGCAGUCGAGCAACCUGCUGGUGCUGUCGCUGGUGUCGAGCAUCGUACGGGGGCUCUACUGGCACUUCAAGCGUCAUCUCAAGCUGCAGAUGGCAGCCUUCUUCGAGAACGUCGUACUUCGAGCCGCCCAGGGAGGGUAUCACCAGCAAGAGGCGGCACUGGAGAUCCUACAAGACUUUUGCCGACAGCCGUCCUUCAUAUCUGAGAUGUACGCCAACGCUGACGGUGACAUCACCUGCGGCAACACCUUUGAAAACCUGAGCAACCUUCUGUCCAAGAAUGCUUUCCCAGACAAAGCCACCCUCUCCGCGCUGAACCUGCUGUCUUUCGAAGGGCUGCUGGCCGUCGUUCAGUGCAUGGCCGACCGGGCAGACAACGCGUCAGUCAGCGGCUCUUCGAGCUCAGAGUACAACCUGGCGGAGGUCCCGCACUUUUGGACCCUCAAUUGCGACAACUGGGAGGACCCUGAGGUGUGGGUCGAGUUCCUAAGGCGGCAAAAGUAUGUAAAGAGGCGGCUCAUGAUUGGAGCGGACCACUUCAACCGAGACCCCAUUAGGGGGCUAGAAUUCCUUCAGAACGUCCACCUCCUUCCUGAGCAGCUAGACCCAGCCAGUGUCGCCUUCUUCCUGUACUUGACGCCUGGGCUUGACAAGAACGUUUUGGGGGAUUACCUCAGCUCGUCUGACUCGUUCAACAUCAGCAUCCUGGAGUGCUUCACGAAGCAGUUCAACUUCACGGGGAUGGCCCUCGACGGCGCCCUGCGCACGUACCUGGAGGCGUUCCGGCUGCCUGGGGAGGCGCAGAAGAUCAGCAGGGUGCUCGAGUCAUUCGCAUCUCACUACUACGAGCAGUGUCCACAGGUAUUUGCUCAUGAGGACGUUGUCUCUGCGCUCUCACACUCAGUUCUCAUGCUUAACUCAAACCUGCACACCAAAAAGGUAACGCGGAAGGUGACAGAGGAAGACUUCAUCCGAAGCAAUCAAAAGAUCAACGUCGGGAAGGAGCUGCCUCGAGAGAUGCUCACACAGCUGUACCGGUCGAUUGCAGAAAACGAGAUCCCCGUGUCGAGCGAGAGCCUGGUUGCAGAGCCCAGCAUGACGCACGGCCGGUGGCUAGAUUUGCUGCGGCGCUCCCAGGCCACGACGCCCUUCCUCUCCUGCGACCCAACCGAGCCGCUGCUCGACCGCGACAUGUUCUCCGUCAUCUGGGGGCCAGCGAUCGCAGCCAUCUCAGCUGUGUUUGAUCACGCGGAGAAAGCGGACACGCUCCAGCAGUGCGUGGCCGGCUUUCUUGCCGCGGCCAAGAUCUCAGCGGCGCAUCAUAUGAGUGACGUCCUGGACAACCUGGUGGUUGAUCUCUGCAAGUUCAUCACGCCCUUCGGCGAUGAGAGGCCUGCCACUGAGAACACCAAGGCCCGCAUGGCAGCUACCGCUGUUUCUGAGAUUGUCGACCGUCAUGGUGACAUGAUCCGCAGCGGGCGGCGAAGGUCCAUCGAGUCAAUACUUCGACUGCACAAGCUGGGCCUACCGUCAACCACGAACGACCCGUCACAAGAUGGUCAGAACCAGCCCAGCGACAGCCGAGAAGGGUUGUCCAUCCUUGCCAAUGCUGCUGCAGCGUCGGUUGUUGGCAUUGAGAUUGUGUCGGCCAGUCGGAACCGUGGGGGCAGCGCAGACACCAACCGUGACCAGGAGCAGAGCCCCAUUGAUGCGCAACGCGGCUCUGCACGUGGUUCACUGAAGACCUCCCCGCCCAAGGCACGGAACGCGAAAGCUCUAAACCCGCUUACUCAGGCGUACAUACCCCCAACCAGAAGGGCGAGCGGCUCACAGGACCUGCCCGCUUCAAAGCUAUCCAACCUUGUGGAGAGUAAGACCCAACCCCAACUCAAGCCCCGGAUCCGGACCCCAUCUCCAACCCCAACUCAAGGUCAUAUCCAAUCCAAGCCCCAAACCCAAACCCCAUCCCCAAACCCAAUCCAAACUCAAUUCCAACCCGCUACCCCCACCCAAACCCAGCCUACCGUCAAAGUUCCUGAGCCGUCAAAGAGCGCGCUCAAUGCGGAUUCGCCCUCUUGGCAGCCCCCGUCAAAACUGGCCGCAUCAGCCCUCAAAGGGUUAGCGUUGGGAGGAGCUCAAAACUCCCUUUCCAAGUCGCUGAGUAUCCCAAGUGCGGACGCCCGGAAGAAGGACACGGACUGGGACGUGCAGCUUCCGGACGGUUUCGUGGAAGCGGCGGUCAGUCCGGUCGGGAUAUCAGACUCUGCAUUUAACCUUUUAGGUCCGGAGGGGGAAGGAGAGAAAGGGGAAGCGGCGGUGAGAAGUUCGACUGGUGCCACGGAGAGAGAAGGGGCGGAUGCAGCGCCAACGUCGGAUGGGGCUAAGAACCAAUCGGACAGCGUGGACCUUGGGUACGACGACCUGCCCGAGAAUCUAGACGGACUGGCAGAUGACGACAUGUCGAAUCUGGACGCGGUUCUCAACGCCGUCCCCGGGUUCAAUCUUAUCUCAGAUGACGAGGAUGACGAUGAUCACGCAGAGCAGAGCGGAGGCGACCACGAAAACGGUUCAGAUUCCCGCGCUGCUCAUUUUCACGGGGCUCACUCGGCAAACGGAGGUCCAAAUGGGAGGCCAUCAUCAAAGGAGACCGGGAAAGGGUGGUUGGCCGUACUGGAAAGUAGAAAAGCGACGCAGGCAGAAACUAGUGGACGGGAGACUCCAAUCGCAACGGAAGGGAAACAAAUGAAAAGACAGGAGGAACCUGAUAUGAAGGCAAAGGAGGGGCGGAAACCGGACGAAGCAGAGCGGCGGCCAGCGGAAACAGCGGGACCCACUUGGCGGCAGGAGACGAAGGCGCCAGAACCGCUGGAGUGGCGGAAGCGCCAAACGGCGCAGUCCUCUCAUUGGCGAGAUGACCGGCGGUGGACUCCGCCGGUAGACCCUAGAAAACCGUUUGGGGAGGCGAAUCCACUAAGCGCAGGCAGCCCUGCGGGUGGAGCUCCUAGGGGGGGCUUUGUGAGCCAGCUCAUUUUGCAGCCGCCCGAGAAACCGAAGCAGCCUCCGGAGGUGCGGGAAAGGCUGCCAGCUGGCAUGGCACCUCGGGAGCCCUCUUCCCGGACUCCGCUUUUAAAAGCAUUCAGCAGCCAGUUGGCGAGCGUCCCCACCCCCCCUCCAGAGGCUGGGCCUGCCGGCAGGCUAGCACAGCCCAACAACGCGGGCGCGUCUGUCCCGCCCGGCUUUUCCAAACCCCUUCCCGCCACCGAGCGUGCUCCGCCCGCUGUUGCCCCGUCCCAGCCAAUAUCGAGCACACGAGAAGUUGUGUCCGAUAGCGAACCCCGUUCCUCCAGCCCGCUCGCUGGUGCGCCGCUCAGCAAACCCGGCGUCCCCUCUCGGUUAGUCCUGUCCCGGGUGCUGGUGAAGCGAACGGUCGUUCAGGAAGGACACAAUCUCGGCCCUCCGGCGGAGUCGCCCGUUUGUCAGGAUGCGGAGGUGCACGUGGAUAAGCGGAGUCAGCUCCACCUCCGGGCAGUGGCGGAGCUUGGCAGCGGGCCGAACGGACAGCUUCAGGAUCUGCCGUCCUGGCUGGGACGUCCGGUAGACCUUUCGGACGGUCCAAAAGGCUUCUUCGAAGCCGUUCCUAAGGUGUCAGAUGACGUUUCGCGGCCCGUAUCUGGUCUGUCCAGCUCGGAAAGACGAAGUGCAAUUGCGGAGAACCCUGCUAGCGCAGGGGCGCCAGAGGGUGACACGUGGAGGACGGGGGGUGGGGAGCGGCAAGCGCAGCAGCCGUGGCGAGUGCCGUUCGUUGAGUCUGGUGGAGGCGAAACGAAGCUGAGGGCUGCCGUGGCGUCACCGCCGCCCCCUCCCGUCGUGCACCCCCAGGAAAUGCUCCGCCGUCUCCUGCCCCCAGGCGCACAUCCGCCACUUACGUCAUCCACUUCCGACCCCGAGCCCUUUUCUCAAGUCGCGCUCAACCCCCGGCCAGACAGCUCCCCGCACUUCGCUUCCCUUAAUCCGGCAGAAAACCGCGGCUCGUGGGUUCCCGCCCCACAGUGGGCGCCACAAGUCCAGUCCCGCCCCCCUAGUUCAAUUGCGCAAGUGCCAUCUGCAUUUGGACAGCACAGCCAGGCAAUGCCCGACCAGGAGCUCAACUACUGGUCGAGCACUAACCACGACCUAAACCCGCCACAAGACUCACUUCCGCCAGGAUCGUCCGGUUGGCCUGGGGAGGUGGAUGCUUUCCGGACGGACCAACACCCUGCCGAACACGGGAACAGUGCCAACAACCUCCGAAGUCACCCCCUACAAAACCACCCCUCCUUGGCACCACCAGCGGCACAUUACCAGAGCGGAUUCGCCCCCCUACCGCCUACCAGUGUCCCGAAUCCGCAGACUCCCCCUCUGAGCGCCCUGCAAAACGCCCCGCACAUCCGCAAGUUGCAAGCCACCGUUCAGGAGCACUUCCAGCGGACCGGGGGGCUGAAGAGCCCGGGAGAGGUGCCUUCGCCAAACAGUCAACCUGCGGAGUUCCCACCUUUUGGAGCAGCGUACAAGCCGGAAUCUCCUGUAGAGAGGAGCUGUUCGGGAGGAAGAGACGGAAGUGGGGGUAGGUGGGGCGACAACACUGUACCUGGCUAUCAGCAACAGGCCCAGUACCCCUCCUUCAACGGGGAAGACUUCAGGGGUCCGGAGGUGGGGCGAAACCAUAAUGGGGGGCAAGAAUACAUGGUCAACCAAGCCCCCCUGCCUGAGCUUUUGGGUCCUGCUGGCUCUCUGCUGCCGAGAGAGAGGCCGUCUCCUUACUCUUCCCAUUCGGAGUACGAUCACGUGGGUCCGUACGCCCAUCACCCAUUUGCGCACUCUGAACUGCCCCGCGAAGCGACUCAGGAAUCCAUGGUGCUUCCGCCAGAGUACCUCCAUGGUCGGCCGUCAAUGUCGCCAGAAUUGCCGACCGAGCGGUCCCCGCAAGGUGGAAACGCAGCCAGUAGAGCCCCCGAGAGGAAAGGGGCGUACAAUCCGUUGCAACAGCAGGUGGCGCCUCAGGAGAAGGCAAAGCCAAACGAGGACUCGGUGUCGGAUGCGGACCUGCAAAAGCUCCUGGAUGACUGUGCCUUGCUGGACGCGUCUCAGCCGGAGGCGGGUGAGCCAGUCGAAAGAGGGGCAUGGGGAAUCUCCGUCGAAGCUCCCGCUCCUUGGCGGGACGUGAGAACGGCUGAAAUCGGAAACCUUGAUAGGGUGAGGGAGGGAGAGCGGCUGAAUGAGGCGGCAUUGGCGGCUCACACGGCGGGCCGUGUUGGUGCGAAUGGGGCCGUGCGGACAGCCGCGCAAAUGGUGGCUGGCCGACCGGACGAGGAGCAGUUUGAGGCGGAUAUUAAGGCCGCCAUGGACGUGAGCUUGGAAGAGUACCGGUCUCAAGGAGGAGCGUCGCAGCGCCCAGCAGCACAGACGAAAAGCUGGCCCUCGGUGCGCGUCAGCGCCGCCCCCAAGCCGGCCGUGGGGAAGGGGCUGGCCAACCGAUCGGGGGAGUACAACUGCUUCCUCAACGUUAUCAUUCAGUCGCUUUGGCACCUGGUCCCUUUCCGGCGGAACGUGAUGUUACAUCCCGUCCCCAAGCGCCCGCCGUCGGAUGCCCCGCUGUACGUGCGCCGCCAGGCCGUCUUGCACGGCCUGAAGGGGAUCUUCAGGGCGCUCUCUGCAGACGACGGCAAACCCACAGCGGUGGAUCCGUCAUCUCUGCGGACAGCCCUCCACGACGCGCACAAAGGCAGCGACCUUUUCCAGAUGGAGGAGAUGAAUGACGCGUCCGAGGUAUUGCUCUCCAUCUUCGGCUGCCUGCACGAGGCGCUCCAAGCGCCCGUUGUUGCCUCCCCUCCAAAGCACGCCGACGGCCUGCUGCCCACCCCCUCCAAUAGCGCGGCCUUGCGUAACAAGGCGACCGACGUUUGCCGCGGGUCCUGCUUCGUCCACGACCUGUUUGGGCUCGACAUGGUCGAGUUCACGCACUGCGGCCUCUGUAACAAAAGGACCCACGACUUACACUACCAGCAGUACUUCCACCUCGUCAACUGCUCUGCCCUCUCGGACGUUGCGGUGCAGUCGCCGGGUCGGCCGUUUGCGCCGCUGCUGCGCCGCGUUCUCGACGGCUCCACUCCGCUGCGGCCGUGCGACAAGGACGAGGGCGGCUGCGGGGAGCCUCUCCCCACUACGCACGUCCUCGACAAGGCGCCGCAGCUCUUCACCGUUGUUCUCGUGUGGGGUAGUGCCCAGGCGUCGCAGAGCCAGGUUCGCUCAGUCGUCAAUGCCAUCAGCACGCAAAUUCGCGUGUCGGAAAUCUUCCCCGACCUGAAGUACAGAGGCCAACACGCCCUCCGCUGUGUGGUGUGUUACUACGGGCUGCACUAUUUCGCAUUCGCUUUCAGCGCCAAGGCCCAGCAGUGGCUCCUUUUGGACGACACCCACGUCAAGGUGGUAGGCCCGUGGGAAAAGGUGGUUGAGCAGUGCACGAACGGCAGGCUGCAGCCGUCGGUGCUGUUCUAUCAAUCGCUCUGAGAGCCAACAUACAUUCCAGUCAACGUGCAAUUUGGCAAGAGGUUAGACAGCACGGAGCGUGCGUGGGAGCUGAAGUGCACGCGAUAGGGGCAUGUCACAUUUCGGCGAUAGCUCAUUGGGAGAGUCUGAUUGUAAACUUACUGUCUGAAGUCUUAGCUCGAACGUUUACAAUGCUUAGAAGAAGGCCCAUUGGAUCAUUGCACCGGUUCAAACCGACCCCGAGAUCAGACUUGAUAAAAUCCUUGCAAAGGAGCUUAAGUGCGUGCUACGAGUAAACGACUUGACUGAGCUAGUCAGAUAAGGUACGGGAGGAUCCUUUGCCGUAUCAUGGAGCUUCUCCACAAGCACAGCCGUGCUUUUUACAUUGUCCUUUGCUUUGUUGUUUACUGCCAGCUCAUGAUGCCUUCAGGCU